CAAGUCUACAAAACGAGCAUUGGCAGUGGCCUCGUCACUUGGAUGGUAUGCUAUACGCUGAGUUGAGCGCUGGGCGUCGAUCGUCGAACGUCGUACCGCUACCACGUACCGCUACCGCGAUUCAACGUUUUUGGGGGCUCUCCCUGCGGAGAUAAAUAAAAAUUAAGGCCCACCGAAAAGCGAACUAUCCGCGAGUUUUCCGCCUUGCGACACUGUGUCUCGUGAUUCGCGGUCCGCGAUUGAUAAAGAAAUCUAUCCAGAAUGCCGCAGAGUACCACGAACAACUGGUCGUUCCAGCCACUUCAUCGUCAGCGGAGCACCAGCGGUUACCCUCAGCAUGUCCUCAACACGGUGCCCGAAACCGCCGUGCUCACCACGCCCCCGCCCACGAGAAAACCGCUCACAAUACAAAUUGCUGGCGUUGCUGCAGCGGAAAGCGGACACAAGCGCAGAUUCUUAGCAGCGCGGAAAAAGCCGAAAAGCGCGAUGAAAAUGCUCGCGGACACGGAGCGUGAGGAAGCCCUCAACCUGCAAAUUGAGUUCGAGUGGGUGCUGCGCCAAGAGGUACACGCGAUACUGAAGCAACUGAGGACCAUUCUGGUGGAAUGCGCCCAUCGGUUUCCGGUGCCCCUGUACGAGAACGAGGGAAAGAAGACUGAGAAGUUCAUACUCACCGUGUCGCCCGAUCAGCUGAAGGCCGUGCUGACCCUAACGGGCGAUGCCAUCACCCAGGCUGACAUUAGCUUUAAGCUGUGUAAGGCGCCGAGCCAAACGCAACGUACCUCCAUCACACAUGACUCGCCCUGGAAGUUGCAGCAGGUCCAGGACGCGGCCAAUCAUCUGCAGACCGCCAUCAACCACAUAGACGAUGUCGACGAUUCUUAUCACUUCAAAACCUCCGACGAAGUGCUGCAUGUGAUAGGCAACAUUCUGGAUGCCCUGCAGCGGGGCAGAAACAGUUUGCUGGUGCCCAAAAAGAAGCCCAUUGAUGAGCUGAUCAAAGGGCGCAAUAUGAAGUCGCUGGUUCCCAAUCUGCCCGAGGAUUUGGCCGUAAGUUUCUACCUGCAGAGCCACAAGCUGAUCAUUGCCGUCUACCAGCUGCUGAACAACCAGGGCACCAUGCGCUUCGAUUCCCGCCAGGCGGAGGCCUCUGUCCAGUGGCUAAACGAUGUGCUACUGCUGCUGAUGAAUGGCCAGAAACUGUGCCAGCAAUUGAAAGACAAGAUAUCUGUGUUUUCGGUGUACAAAGAUUUCACAGUUGGCUCGCGUUCGCCCUCAGCACUUUCCUACUGAGACGGGGAGCGCAAUGGAAACCAGGAAUGGAAACCCUUGAUGGAUGGCAGCGGUGGAUCGGCGACAGAAACAAUAACAACAAUAAUAGCUAAUAAAGAACCGUACUUGUAAUAGCGAAGUAAAUAAUGUUAGUUGGAAAUGUUGCUACUGGAAACGGCACACCCAUAAUACCCAUGCAUACUAUACUAUACUAUACAAUACAAUACUUUAAACACUUUACUGCUAUAUACAGUACAGAGAGUUAUAUACAUACAUACAACUAGUUUAAUGUACACAAUCAACAUUCAUGUUAAAUUACGAUUACGUAGAACCUGAGUUCAUCGCUUCACGUCACUCCAAUUAUGCAUCAAAAUGCAUCUAAAUAGCAUUAGGCCGAGAAUUGAGAACAGAAAACGUUUGUGAAAACCAAUUGUGUGUGUAUGUGUAACUAAAUGAAAUUGCUAGAUAAUUAUAGUUUAUUCGUACAUGUAAUUUAAUGUAAUAUACCAUGGCCCUUAUUUAUGUUUGCUAAGAUGCAAUGAAAUCCACCAAGUCAGCAGUCAAUCGGUACUUAAAGUCGGUACUUACAACGUUUAUACCCCCAAUACGCCCCCAUAUACCUAGGUACACACGGAAGGGGCACCUACAUCGGCAUUUACAUGAUAUUGUUGUAAUAAACCAAACCGAAAUGUGAACAGAAUUUUUAAUUGUACUAAACACCGUUUUGUAUUCGUAUUCGUAAUUGUAUAUCCGUAAUUGUAUUUCGCGUACUCGUUAAUGGUUAAUGGUUAAGAGCGCCCAAUCCUAAUCUAAUCCAAAGUCAUUUGUAUCAACGGCCUUUACUUCUCGUUUACUUUAUACAUCUACCAGGGAGUUUAUAAAGAUAUAGAAAGUUAUUGAAUGAGAUGCAACGAAAACAAUUACCACUGUACUUAUUGAAUAUUGCAAUUGCCUAAGCACCCCACUAAAUGCAUGGGAAGAGAAGACAACUAUUUAUGUAAUCACUAAGCGUACUUACUGUCCACAUUCAUUUACUUGUUGUUGAAUAAAAUUACCUUUUACCAAA